ACGCCGGUUGUCUCCUUGCUUCGGUGUGUUUUGACAGAGGCCUCGGUUUUGGGGUCCGCCCUCCAUCUCAUAACAACAACAAAAACUGUUCCAGGCAGACAGAGAGCUAGCUAGCAAUUGCCAGUGCUGACUGAGUAGCUACGAUGAGUAACUAACUGUAGGGGAAGACGAAGCAAAGCUGCUUUGUAUCCAAACAGCAACACAUCAAAAUCAUAAAGCGACCUAUCAUUAUCAAAGCGUAACGUUAGUUAGCUGCUAGCUAGGUUACGUACGUAUUGUUUCGAUAGAAUGUGUUUAACUAGCGCUUAGUUGGCUAACAUAAAACUGGUGUAAACAGUUUGAUACGUUAGGUAUGAUUGAUCAGAGAAAAAUAUGGCAAAUUGUUAACGUGAAUUGGCUAACUAGUACUACAGACUAGUCUGGUAAAAUGGUCCGUAGUAAAUGUUUACCUAGGGCCGUGAUGUGCGUCGACGAUAGUGACUGACACUGACAGAGAAUGGAUAUUCGGAGUCAAAAAAAACAGCUAGUUAGCUAAUCGUACGUUUAUGAUUAUUCUCGCGAACUAAUGUUAAUCUUGAGUUGGCUAGUUAGCUAGUUAACUAUCUAAUUAUGUUUGUUGAAAUGGCUGUUUCUACAGCUCUUUCGCCUUAUAGUUGAGGCCGUUAGCGAACGUUACAUAGUUUGCACUGGCUAGCUAACAUUAUGCCAGGUGAUAGUUUAUAUAUUCCCAUUGCAUUGCUAUCUAAAGCUCUAUACAGAAAACAGUCAAGACAAACUGCUAACGUUCAUCAACAACGUUAUCUGGAAGUUUAUGAUUGGAUUAAUUAUUACUAAUACGUAACCUUUAGUACAAGUAUUGGGAAAGUUAUAGAUCACUCGUGAUUCACCCAGCUAAAGCCAGGCACAGGACAUGCUCUUAACUCUAAAAUAAAUACAUUUUAUUCGGCUGGAUAGAUAUAUUUUGAUAAUGAGGACUAUGUGUCAGCAUUACAGCUAGACCUAUUUAUGCACAUGCAACUCCUCAACCUUCACUUUCCCCAUUAACCUUACACAGAUCCUGUCUCUCUUUCCUCAUGAUUUUGGUAAUUUAGCAGACACUCUUAUCCAGAGUGAGUGAGUGCAACCAUUUUCAUAUUUGUUAGUACUGGUCCGUGUGGGAACCCACAACCUUGGCGUUACAAGUGCCAUGCUCUUAACAACUGAGCCACGCCGGACCUCAUAUCCUCUUCAAGUCACAGAGAGUUGAAGUAUUCACUUUGAGAGAUGAUGGUUUAAGCCUUUGGUUGAGUGCUGCAGGUUCAGAUUAGAUGCAUGGAAGUCACAUGACAGGACCAAGGGGCUUAGCCUGCCUUGUGUGACUCUGAACACAGAGCCAGACUGAGCAGAGGUCAUGGGUCACGAGCCCGCUGAGGUAAACAUGCUGAUGUGUGUGUCUGCAGGCCAGUGUGUGUGACAUAGAUACGUUUUAUCAGUCAGUGCCAGCAGGGAGGAGCAGGGUGCCUCUGGAGCAUGCACUGCUACAUAGUGCUCAGUAAAGUGACAGAAUGACAUCCCUUUACGCAGAGCCUAGGUCUUCUCAAUCUACACUGAGCAAAUAUGUAAACGCAAGUGGCCGGGCAUGGAGUCCCCAGUGGCCUAGGCCCACCCAUGGCUGCGCCCCCACCCAGUCAUGUAAAAUCCAUAGAUUAGGACCUAAUUUAUUUAUUUCAAUUGAUUGAUUUCCUUAUAUGAACUCUAACUCAGAAAAAUUGUAGAAAUUCUUGCAUGUUGUGUUUAUAUUUUUGUUCAUUAAAAGUUGGUUCAGGUUCUAUUCUUCAGAAAGGGCGCAUUGGGUGCACUGGGAAUUUUGUCUAGUCACUGCUAGACAGGUCAAACUCAAUGGCAUGCUCCAGAGUGGGUGUGUGUGAUCCUGAACCUGUCAAUCAACUGUCUUCCCUUGAUCAGGUUUCAGUCUGCAGGUUCUGACAUUUACAAGCAUUUUGUGGGCCUGCAGAUGUUUGUGGUGUCUCUCACCUACUUGCAGUCUACUAUAACCACCAGCACAGCUAUGUUUACCAGGGAAUGAAAGGGUCUAUUGUAGAUUGAAUGUUCCAGUGAAAAAAUUCAAUGUCUUCACUCUAAGUCACAUUUUCACAACGGGAUCAUCAGGAUAACACCUCAUCUGUUGCUAGUUCUCUUUGACUGAGAUUUGGGGUCAAGUGAGGAAGGCAUGUGUUCCUUGUCCAGUGACCCACACUCCUUCACAGGGGCCAUGGAGGAGGAGGGGCAGGAGAGCAUGGAAUGUAUCCAGGCCAAUCAGAUCUUCCCCAGGAAGCCCCCAGUCCUGGAGGAGGAGAGCCUGCAGGUGCCCUUUCCCGAGCUGCAUGGCGAGUUCACAGAGUACGUGGGUAGAGCGGAGGAUGCCAUCAUCGCCAUGUCCAGAUACCGCCUCCACAUCAAAUUCAAAGAGUCCAUCGUCAACGUCCCUCUGCAGCUCAUAGAGACUGUGGAGUGUCGUGACAUGUUCCAGCUCCAUGUCACCUGCAAGGACUGUAAGGUCGUCAGGUGUCAGUUCUCUACAUUGGAGCAGUGUCAGGUGUGGCUGAAGCGGCUGAGUGCUGCGGCCCGGCCCCCGUCUCUCCUGGAGGACCUCUUCUCCUUCGCCUUCCAUGCCUGGUGUGUGGGCGUGUACGCCGGGGAGAAGGAGCAGCAGGGGGAGCUGUGCAGGCCAGGUACGCUGGCGGUGAUACCGGUGUCCUCGGACCUCUACUCAAUUGGUGACAGACAUAAGUCCUCACGUGUCCUCUGUGUCCCUGUGUGCCCGCUAGGAGAGCAUGUGACCUCCUGGUUCAAGAACGAGGUGGAGAGGAUGGGCUUUGACACUCAAAACGCCUGGAGGAUAUCUGACAUCAACAGCAAGUUCAGGCUAUGCUCUAGCUAUCCGCAGCAGCUUCUGGUGCCAGCCUGGAUCACAGACAAGGAGCUGGAGAAUGUGGCAGCCUUCCGCUCCUGGAAGAGAUUCCCGGCUGUGGUGUUCAGGCACCAGAGCACGGGGGCUGUGAUCGCCCGCUGCGGCCAGCCGGAGGUCAGCUGGUGGGGCUGGAGGAAUGCAGACGACGAGCACCUGGUCCAGUCCAUCGCCAAGGCCUGUGCUGUAGAUGGCAGCUCCCGUAAACACCUGGCCAUUGGAUCCUACACCAACGGAACCAAUGAAAUCAACGGCACCAAUGACCUCGUCGACACAGACUUCGAAUCGUCCCUGACGAACAGCUCGGAGGUGGAGACGCUGGCCAUCCAGCCACAAAAGCUGUUGAUCCUGGAUGCCAGGUCCUAUGCAGCGGCUGUGGCCAACAGAGCCAAGGGAGGGGGCUGUGAAUGCCCAGAGUACUACCCCAACUGUGAGGUGGUGUUCAUGGGCAUGGCCAACAUCCACUCCAUCCGCAAGAGUUUCCAGUCCCUGCGCUUCCUCUGCACCCAGAUGCCCGACCCGGCCAACUGGCUGUCUGCUCUGGAGAGCACCAAGUGGCUGCAACACCUGUCUCUGCUGCUGAAGGCGGCCCUGCUGGUGGUGAACGCUGUGGACCGCGACCACAGGCCCGUUUUGGUGCACUGCUCUGACGGAUGGGACCGCACGCCCCAGAUCGCCGCCCUGUCCAAGCUGCUGCUGGACCCAUACUACCGCACCAUUGAGGGUUUCCAGGUGCUGGUGGAGACUGAGUGGCUGGACUUUGGUCAUAAGUUUGCUGACCGCUGUGGCCACGGGGAGAAUUCGGAGGAUCUGAACGAGCGCUGCCCGGUGUUCCUGCAGUGGCUGGACUGUGUGCACCAGCUGCAAAGGCAGUUCCCAUGCUCCUUUGAGUUCAAUGAGGCUUUUCUGGUGAAAAUGGUGCAGCACUCCUACUCCUGUCUGUUUGGCACCUUCCUGUGCAACAGUGGGAAGGAGAGAGAGGACAGGCGCGUUCGGGAGAGGACUUGCUCCGUGUGGUCACUGCUGCGACCAGCCAACCGCGUCUUGAGGAACAUGCUCUACUCCUCCCACUCCGAGACUGUGCUCCACCCUGUGUGUCACGUCCGUAACCUGUUGCUGUGGACGGCAGUCUACCUGCCCAGCUCCUCCCCCACCACCCCCUCUGAUGAGUCGUGUGCUCCGUAUCCUGUGGUGCCAGGUGCCAACACAGAAGACACACCCCUGGGCAGACGUCCGAAGACCCGUUCCUUCGAUAACUUGCCCAGCGCCUGUGAGCUGGGGAGCUCGCUGGCCCCAAACCGGCGCUCCAGUGACCCGAGCCUGAAUGAGAAGUGGCAGGACCACCGGCGCUCUCUGGAGCUCAACAUUGCUGUGGGGCCCGACGCAGGGGGAGCUCAGGAACAGGAUGGGCGGGCAAACGGCCAGCCUAUAGCAGCAGGGCCUCAGGCAGGCAUGGACGACUCUGAACUGGAGGACAGCCCUGAAGGCCAGCAGACUGAGCUGAGAGACGGAGCCUCCGAGGGGUCAGUAGCAGCAGGAGAAGCGAUAGAGCUGUCCAUUGAGCUAGCUGUGGCAGAGGGACAGAUGGAGAACAUUCUCCAGGAGGCAACGAAGGAGGAAGCUGGUGCUGAGGCUCAGCGAGAGGUUAACGCUACUGCUGCCGUGGCUCGAUCUCCGAUCAAUGCUAAUGGAACAGAGACUGAGAAAGAGGUCAAGGCAAGUGAUGCUGAGACUGAUAAACAAGCUAACGCCAAUGGGGCUGAGACUACUAUAACUAAUGGUCAUCACCCAGGGAAUGGCACAGGUGAGCCUGAAGAGGAGUCUGUGUCUCCAGCCAGUCCCCCCCUGCCCACCGAUGUGUCCACGGAUGUUCCAGAGGAGCAGGAGGCCCGAGAGAGGCGGGAGUCAGAGGAGCUGGUGGAGCAGGUUCUGGAGAACUGUACUGCCCAGGAGGAGCCAGAACACAACCCUACCCCCAGCACAGCCCAGCCAGCCCCCGCUGCCCCUAGAACUUUUACCAAUGGCUUUGGAGAGAGGACACCAGAGGAGCCAGAGACAGCUGUGUAUCUCCUCCCACUAGAGCCUGAGUCCAGUAGACACCACUCAGAGGCCCUGGUGCAGGCAGACCAGAGGUAUUCCCUCAUGGAGAGUUCCACAGAGACUCUGACUGAAGAGGCCUGCAGCAGGCCAGAGGCCCCAGUGCAGGCACCCAUCUGCCCAGGCCCCCAGUCCCGCACUGAAGGCAAGAGCCAACUUUCCUGUCUCAGGAGAGUGAACGGGGAGGCAGAGUCAGAGCAGGGGGCAUCCAGGACUUUAAAUGGAGGACACAAGCGACCCUCUGUCAGUGCCUUCCAGUCUUUGAGUGCUGAGCCCAGCAGGGAGGGUCUAUGUAAUGGCGAGAGCUCAGAGGGGGAGCCCUGUGGUGGCCCUCACUGGGCCAAGGUGAAUGGGGAGCGGGCCCAACUGAGCCGCCAGGUCUCCCUGGCCUCCUGCAGCUCCCUGACCCUCCAUCGCCGGGGCAGCUGCUCCCAGCACCGCUGCCUCCACACCUUACUGGGGCGCCGCGCCGCCACGCCCAGCCCCGAACAGCCGGCCCGCAGUCACCUGGACGACGACGGGCUGACACUGCACAUGGACACCAUCCAGCAGCGGCUGAGGCAGAUUGAGGCAGGCCACCAGAUGGAGGUGGAUAUGCUGAAGAAGCAGGUGCAGGAGCUGUGGAGCCGCCUGGAGAGCCAUCACCACGCAGCGUCCCUCAGGAUCAACGGAGACAUCGGAGACGAAGUGACCUCAAUGACAGACUCUGAGUGUAACCUGGACGCUAACUGCCUGUCGCGCUGCAGCACGGAGCUCUUCUCCGAGGCUAGCUGGGAGCAGGUGGAUAAGAAUGACACGGAGGUGACCCGCUGGUACCCGGACCACUUGGCAGCUCAGUGCUACGGGUGUGAGAGUAGGUUCUGGCUCGCCACCAGGAAGCAUCACUGCAGUGACAGGGAGCAUGUCCAAGAGGCCUGGAACUGUGGGAAUGUGUUCUGUGCCAGCUGCUGCGACCAGAAGAUCCCUGUGCCAAGCCAGCAGCUGUUUGAGCCCACUCGUGUGUGUAAGACCUGCUAUGGCAGCCUCCAGAUCAAUACAACUCCCAACCCCAUGGAGCUGGAGGAACCAAUCACAGCCAGCUCCAACUAAGGACCUGGGAGGGACUGGGCCUGCCAGCCAGCCACUGACACAGCCAGGCACACUGCUGAGAAGCCCAAGGAGCUGCAGAAUGUCCCGUGUGUGUGUUGCAAAAUAUGGAUUUUCAUGUAUAUAGGCCUGCAA